AAGAUAAAAACCUGAAAAAGGAUCGUCGCGGCUUAAAUUAUUCAGUAUAUUCACGUUACCCAGUGCAGCUUGUGCUAUGUGCCACAGUGUCGGCGUGUAAAAAUGCGAGUAAAAGAAGCAUUUUUUGUUCUUGUUUUCUACUUUAUAGGAAAUGAAAGGAGCAUCAAGUUUCAAGCGAGGCAGCUUUGUGGUAGGGAUAAAUAGGAGAAGAGGAAGAAUCGAGGAGAGCGAGAUGAUGCAGUUUUGGGUUCUGCUGGUCUGCAUUUGGUCUUGGACUUUGGCCUGGGCUAAUGGCUUCACCGACCCGGCGGAUGUAUCGGCUCUAAAUGUCUUGUAUGGUACUAUGAAUUUGGCUCCUCAACUUACGGGCUGGACAGCAAAUGGUGGGGAUCCCUGUGGCCAGUUCUGGAAAGGGAUUACAUGCUCUGGUGCAGCAGUUACAGAAAUAAAACUACCAGGCAUGCAACUUUCUGGAGCAUUGGGUUUCUCUUUAAACACCAUGAUCUCAUUGAUUGAGCUUGAUUUAAGCAAUAAUAAUCUUGGGGGUGGAGGUCUGAUACCAUAUAAUCUACCUCCCAAUCUGCAACGACUAAGCCUUUCUGGUAAUACAUUUAAUGGAGGGAUCCCCUAUUCUAUUUCCCUCAUGGUUUCUCUUAAGUAUUUAGGCCUUAAUCACAAUCAACUACAGGGGAAUUUGGAUGAUAUUUUCAUGAAACUUUCCAACCUCACCAUACUGGACCUGUCAUUUAAUUCAUUCUCGGGGGUUCUUCCAGAGAGUUUUCGCAAUCUAUCGAGUUUAACGACCUUACAUUUACAAAACAACCAGUUUAUGGGUACCAUAGAUGUCCUUGCUAGUAUCCACCUUGAAGACCUGAGCUAUGGUAACUCAUGGAGUGCAGGGCCUGCACCUCCGCCACCACCCUAUACACCUCCACCAGCUCGGCGAACUCACCCUGGCCAAAUAUCUGGUGGUGGUAACAGCCUAUCUGAUGGUGUUAGUUCUCGGAAAAAUUCAGGCUUUGGAGGUGGUGUCAUAGCUCCCAUAGUUAUAGCUAUAGCUAUUUUGGCUAUUGGAGCAAUGAUGGCCUUCUUCUUGGUAAAGAGAAGAACUAGAAACACUUCAGGUGAAGAGAAGAAGAUUGACCAGGACUGUACUUUUACUCUUCCCUCUAAGGAUGGAAAGCAGAUGAUACACAACCAUUCAUCUGCGUUAAUAAACACUGAAAUAUUGCAUUCAGCGAAUCCAAUUAUCCUUAAACCUCCACCGAUUGAGCGGAAAAAAUCAUUUGAUAAUGAUGAUGAUCUCUCUAACCAAUCUACCAUAAAGAAAGCAAAUGCUGCUCCCAUCAGAGCAUUGGCUUACUCAGUAGCAGACCUACAGAUUGCCACAGGAAGCUUUAGCAUAGAGAACCUAAUUGGUGAGGGAUCUAUUGGACGAGUCUAUCGAGCACAAGUAAACGAUGGCAAGGUCCUAGCUGUAAAAAAGAUAAACUCUUCAGCUCUGCCCAGCCAAUCGUCGGAUGAAUUUUUGGAUGUGGUUUCUAAUAUUUCACAAUUACACCAUCCUAAUGUGACGGAGUUGGUAGGAUAUUGUUCAGAGCAUGGACAACACUUGUUGAUAUAUGAGUUCUACAAGAAUGGCUCUUUGCAUGAUGUCAUUCAUCACUUGGAUGAAUAUAGCAAGCCAUUGAGUUGGGCAAUCCGUGUUAAAAUUGCUCUUGGUACUGCUCGUGCAUUGGAGUAUCUGCAUGAAGUUUGCUCACCAUCAGUUCUCCAUAAAAAUGUUAAAUCAGCCAAUGUUUUACUUGAUGGGGAGCAUAAUCCUCACCUUUCAGAUUGUGGUAUGUCAAGUAUUGUCCCAGCUUUGGAAUAUCAGGCUCUUGAUCACAGUAUGGCUUCUGGAUAUAGUGCUCCUGAGGUGGCUAUGUCCGGUCAAUACACUCUGAAAAGUGAUGUGUAUAGCUUUGGAGUGAUAAUGCUUGAACUCAUGACCGGCCGAAAGCCUUUUGACAGUUCGAGACAAAGAUUAGAACAAUCAUUGGCACGAUGGGCGGCUCCGCAACUCCAUGAUAUUGAUGCGCUGGACAGGAUGGUUGACCCAUCCCUAGAGGGGCUUUAUCCUGCAAAGGCACUCUCUAGGUUUGCUGAUGUGAUCGCCCUUUGUAUUCAGCCGGAGCCAGAAUUCAGACCGCCCAUGUCGGAGGUUGUCCAAGCAUUAGUUCGCCUGGUGCAGAGGUCCAACAUGAGCAAGAGAACAUUUAGCAAAGAAAGAUUUGAUGCAACGGGAAGAUAUGAUGAUCCCCUCUUUCCAUAAUAUCUGCCCUUUACCCUGAUAACAAUGCUUCUUUACUGAUGUCUAUAUAAGAGCAGGUUUUUCUACUGGGAAUCAUUUAUGUGACAUGGCGCCUGGUUUAUAUAUGACAGGUGAUUUUUGUUAUUAAAAUUAUCUAAUUUAAUUUAUACUUUCCACCUGCUAUUAUGCACAUUUUACACGAUUGAGCUGCUGUUUUAUUGUUGUC